UGCUGCCGCGGUGCUCCUCCGUCUCGCGCUCUACGGGAGCCGCGGCCAACGCCGGGUUAUUUCUUCCAGUAAAAGGAAAGUGAAAGUGCCCGUUCAAAUGCGAGCAGCUCGGAGAGCUUCUCCGUCAGCGAGGGGACCUCUACCUAUGAAUAAUCAUGGGUUUAAGCUGGAAGAAUCUUAUUUACUUGUACCUGUCUGCAGGUGUCCUGUGUAUCAAUCAGGUGUCAUGGCUGCCCUGUCGGUUCACCGAUGAGAAUGUGACGGUGAAUGAAGAGGGUCACACCGAGACUCAGUUCAUCCACAGAGAGGCUAUGCUGCAGUUUGGUCACAGAGGAGAUGCUCCCCUUAACCCACAUGCCAUCACUUUCCUGGUCACGGCAUCCAAGCUGGACCUACGGCGGUAUGUGGAGGGGGUGGAGCGAGAGCAGUUGGAGUGUGAGCUGCGUAGGUACAGCACAGAGGGCGUCCAUGUCCGCUGGCCUGUCCAGGCAGCCCAGGAGUACAACCACUGGUACCGCUGCACCCUUAAACACAGCAAGGGCCUGUUCGCCAUCACUGGCGUCCUCAGACACCCAACCGACCAACCCCCAACCGGAAGGCAGGACUACCGCAGUUGGCCUGCCAUCGGGGACCGAGAGAUACUCACAACAACAGUUGCCUUGGUCAUUAAAACACAGUCUCCAUCAGUGAGAGCAGGCCUGAGCUCCCAACAAAAGCUUCACUGCCAGUUCGAUCUUGAUCACAGGGGACCAAAUGUCACUGUGGAGUGGCACCGGCAGCAUCGUGGGGAGAAAACCCGACUCUUCAGCCACUCCAGCCGCUCAGGGCAAACCCAGGGAACUGGGGUGGGGCUGAAGAGGCUUGCAGGCGGGGAUGCUUCCUAUACCCUCCCCUUCACCAAGAUGAGCAGCGAAGGGACGUACAUUUGUUCAGUGUCAGUGAAUCCGCUGCUCGCCAGUCUGGAUAUAAAUCUGCAAAUUGAAGAGCCUCCCCGAGUCUCUGUCAAUGUUGGAACCAAUCUGUUACUGCAGGAGGGCGGGGAGCAGAAGGUUGUUUGCGAGGCCGAGAACUAUUACCCUCUGGAUGUGGAGAUAGUUUGGUACGAGCAGGACCCAGCGGUGUCGGGCCAGAGGGUUGGCGCUCCUGUCCCAAAAAAGCUCCAGAACGUUCUGCUGUCCAGCCACAAACACAACAAUGACAAGACCUACUCGGUGUCGGCUUUCUUCUACCUCCAGGCUUCGCUCAGGGACUCAGGGAGACAGUUUACAUGCAGCGUCUCCCACCAGUCCCUGAGAGUGUCCAUCAGAAAGAGCUUCAUCCUGACUGUUGAAGAGCCAAGCAGCUGGGUUUUUUACCUGGCUGUUGGUGUCACCGUGGUCGUACUGCUGGUCAUUCUGUGUGCAAUGCUGAACUAUCUGCGCUCAGCAAGAAAAAGAGCACUGCGGAAAAAACCAUACUGAGACCUUUGAUGACCUGAGCGCAACAUCACAAGCUACAGUGAAGGCAGAGUAUCUCCCUCAGACCUCCCUCAUUCAUUUUUAUGAAAUGUCUAAUGUCUUAGACAUUUGUUUUUUUCUUGUUGUAAAAGGUGAGUUUGGGUUUCUGUGAGACUGAAACUGGGUUUUUUUUUUUUUUUUUUUUUUACAAGUUCCUUUGAAUUUGCUUUGAUUUUGUUCAUGCUAAAAUCAUGAUGUUGAAGCAAGUGUUUGGUCUUGGGUGUAGCAGUCCACGCAUUAUUACACUGGUGAUAAUGUGGAGUUUUUGACUAGUAGUAGCAGCAUGGAGCAUUGUUUUUACGAGGGCGUCCCCAGGUGAAAAGCUUAAGCAGCGAAGAACAUUGCUAGCAAACAUGGAUGUAAACAAUGAACUAUUUAAAAUAUUUUAAAUUAAUUAAUUACUUUAAUUGACUUUGUAGAUGUUUUAUGAGGAAGUAAAUACAGUCAACAUAUUUGUUAGACCUCAAGGAUACACAGUUUUGAUGAGCAACACUGAAUGGAACCAGAAUUUUGUUUAUCUUCAAGAAAACUCCACAGAACACCUGUGAUGAAACAUAACUAGAGAAAGAAUCUCAAAUGUCAAAAACCUGCUGAUUCAUGUUGAAUAGUGUACUGUUAUGGGAAAAAACCCUAACCCUAUAUAUAUAAUAAACUUACCAGGUAUUGUAAAAUGACUACAGAUUAAUAUUUAAAUUGAUUAAAUAAUUACAUACCAUAUACUGUUAUAAUUACAUUACACUGAUUCUAAAAAUUGUCAUUUUGUCAACCGGUUUUUACAUUAUUCUUAGCAACAUGCAACUGAAGUAUUCUUGGAGUAAGAAAACUGUCUGAUGUCUGAAAUCUCCAAAUGUCAUUUUCUCCGGUUUUUCAUUUCUCAGCAGAUCUCGUCCCAUAUAUAACAAUUUGCUAAAUGACAUUUUGGACUUAAAUGAAAGAUAAAAGUAAAAAUCUUUCGCUUUACUCCCACUCACAAAUUUAGUAAAGCUAUUUAUAAAAUCUUUUUUGACAUAAAAACUCCAGAGAUGUCUUAUCCUAACUAAAAGUAAAUUAGAU